AUGCUGGGAAACAAGUGCUUGGCGGAUGGGCUCAAAGAAUGGGAUCAAAGUGAGGAGUCCGUGCUUUCCGAUAACAACAUUGAGGAGGGCCUGGUGAACUUGAACGAACUUAGUCAAUGCUCCCACAACAAGCUGAGCAUCCGCAUCAGCAAGGGGUGCCAUCUGACGGCGGGUCUUACGACUGCUACCACCACUGAGCAUGGCGCUGGCCUGUCCGACUCUAGUGAUGAUUGCAGCGAAGCCCUGGGCGAUCUUGUAGCCCUGGAGGGGCGCAUUGAUGAGGUUGAUCUUCUGGGUGUCAAUGCGGAGGUUGUCAGAGAGGGUGGUGAUCUCCUUGAAGGCCUGAACGAUCUGCUGGGCAGGAGUAGCCUGGGCAGCGACGAGCCCGAAGGCAGCGAGAGUACCGACGAUGAUGAGGUGGACAGAGGGCCUGCUACUUAUACAGAAUUCAGCGCUGUGUUGCUCACGAUCAUUGAUGGUGACAUUGGCCUAGCUGGCUAUCACCAGUAUUCUAGCUAG